AUGAGCGAGAUGUACGGCUUCGCGUCCGAUUUCUCUCUUCCCGAUGAUGCAUCUCUCCCAUCAUCAACUCUUGGCUCUCUCCCUUCUACAAUCGUCCAAACCAAAGAAGUUGCCGCUUCCACCGGGAAGAAUUCCGCCGAAGAAAAGCUGCCGUUUAGUGGCCAUGUCAUGGACGAGAGCCCCUCCACUCAACAAGCCGAACUCGCAGCGAAGAACGUUGUCCUGGCCAUGUCUACCUCCGCCGCGACCACUACAGCCAGCAAGGGUGCUUCAAACGGCCUGUCUGCAUCGGCCCCUAGCAGCAUUGAAACCUCGUCGACCGGGGUUUCUGACCUCUAUGCGUCUCAGGAGUUUGGCAAACCCAAGAUGUCUCCCAAGACAAGCAGUCCUGGUGAAUUUGACAACGACUACUGUCCUCUCGUCACGUCUGUUGAGACCAACAAACGCUACAACUUUAUGGUGGCUGGGGGCAGCGGUGCUGGCAAGUCGACAUUUUGUCUGGAAACGUUUCGUCGCCACUUUCCCGACUUUUCGAUGCAAGCCCCAGAUGGUCCAACACAACAGGUGGGCGAAUGUGGCCGCGGCACGACUGUCGUACGAAAUGAAAGGAUUGUUGUUACGGUAACCGACACGGUUGGGGGCUACUCGAAAGAGGCGCAUAUCAACCCGAUUCUCGUUUACUUGGAGCUCCAGCAUCGCAGGUACGAAGACAUGGAACUUUAUCGAAGGCCCAACGAUCGGGCUGAGGAUACGCGGGUUCAUUGUCUCUUCUACUUCUUUGGGCCUCAUCGUGUGCACGAUGACGACAUUUAUUUCUUGUCGUGCUUGCAUGAUAAGGUUCCAAUUGUGCCCAUUGUUGCAAAGGCAGACUCGCUCACGAUCGUGGAGCUUGCGGAGCAGCUGCAAUUGAUCCGGACGAGGUUGGCAGAUGCAAACAUUCAGUAUUUUGACUUUCAAGAGGACACCAAUGAAGAUUGGCUGAACAAUCCCAUUGAUCCUCAGGCAUUUCAAAACCUGGGAAUGGUGAUGGCUGGAUCUGGUAACGGAGUAGAUCUUGCACGCACCCGUCCCAUGGUGCGCAAUGUGUUUGCAAUCAUAUCCAACCGUCGAGAACAUAUUUGGGGGACUGCAAGACCCGACGACGAGUCUCACUCUGACACUAUACGCCUCCGCACGCAGCUUUUUGGAUCGUUGGGAAAGUUGGCCAGCAAGACAGACGAGAUACACGAGGAGUGGCGCAUUGCUCAGAGUAAGAGACGAGGCUGCUUGGCGGCUCUUCCGGAACCCGAAUUUGCUCUUGCCAUUGCGAUCUCUGUGGGGGUUGUGGUGCUGGCAGUAUUGUACCUUUACUCCAAAGGCAAUCUGGAGGGACUCCUAGUUGUGGAAGAAGCGUACUUUCCGUCUUUUUGA